AAACGGGAACAGUGCAUUGGUUAAAUUACAGAAUGAGCCCGACUACAGCGAAGAUCAGCGAGCCUCUGAAAUAUCUUAAAUGUUCUGUAGCCUAUAUGAAAUAUUAUGCUGAAAUAUCACGAAUGGUCCCAUAGAUGUAGCGGUGCAUGAAGGGGGUGAUUCCGAUACGGGAUGUUUACUGUAACGCGCAUCAGCGCGAGCUCAUCACGGAGGGCAACGCGGUCACGUGAUCACGAGGAGUCCUGUCCCGCACACGAGAAAUGUCCGUUCAUCGGUUCUCGCUCGGUGAUUCAGCUCAAACAGUCCCAGUGCAGAUGUCCUUCAGUCAGCGGGGUCAGUGAAAGCGGCCGCGUCAGCACAGAACACACGCGUCGCGUCGCGUCGCGUCCCGCCGCAGGUCGUGGGCAGAGUCAAGUUUUGAUGGACCGCAUGAAGAUAAUUAAGAAGCGCCUGUCCAUGAGCUUGCAAAGUGUACGGCGUGUGGACGAGAGUCUCUCAGAGCUUCCUGAACACACCGGACUGGAUGAGCCUCCCUUGUCACGAGACAGUGAUGUAGUCCAUCGUAAAAUGGGGUCAGAUGGAGAAAGUGAUCAAGCUUCAGGAACCUCUUCUGAUGAAGUUCAGAGUCCUGUUAGAGUGCGUAUGCGCAACCUUCAGCAGCGCAUCUCUAAUGAGGUAAUGCAUGUGCAAUCUCAAGACAUCAAUAAACGUCUCUCACUGCCAGCUGAUAUCCGUUUGCCAGAAGGUUACCUGAAGAAGUUUGCAACAAACAGCCCCCCAUUUGACAAACCUCUAAGUCGAAGGCUUCGCAGAACGUCACUUUCAGAAAUCGGAUUUGGCAAAUUAGAGACAUAUGUCAAACUGGACAAAUUGGGAGAGGGCACAUAUGCAACAGUGUUUAAGGGUCGUAGUAAACUAACGGAUAAUCUAGUGGCUCUGAAAGAAAUCAGACUGGAGUAUGAAGAAGGCGCACCUUGCACCGCCAUACGAGAAGUGUCUCUUCUGAAGAACUUGAAACAUGCCAACAUUGUCACCCUCCACGACAUCAUUCACACAGAGAAGUGCCUUACACUAGUCUUCGAGUACUUGGAGAGGGACCUCAAACAGUAUUUGGAUGACUGUGGGAGCAUAAUGAGCAUUUAUAAUGUAAAGAUUUUCCUGUUUCAGCUAUUGCGAGGUCUAGCUUAUUGCCAUCGGCAGAAAGUUUUGCACAGAGACCUAAAACCUCAGAACCUUCUCAUCAAUGACAGGGGAGAGCUCAAACUUGCCGACUUUGGCCUUGCGCGUGAAAAGUCAGUGCCCACAAAGACGUUUUCUAAUGAAGUAGUCACUCUCUGGUACAGACCUCCUGAUGUGCUGCUGGGAUCAACAGAGUACACCACCUCCAUCGACAUCUGGGGUGUAGGUUGUAUAUUCUACGAAAUGAUCACAGGACGCCCCCUCUUCCCUGGGUCGACAGUGGAGGAUGAGCUUCAUCUUAUAUUUCGUAUAUUGGGUACUCCUACUGAAAAGUCUUGGCCAGGAAUUAACACCACUGAUAACUUCCUUUCAUACAACUUUCCCCAUUAUGAUGGGGAACCUCUGAUCACUCAUGCACCCAGGAUCACCAAUGAUGGACAUGAUCUACUAUGCCAGUUAUUACAGUUUGAAGCACGGCGACGUAUUUCUGCAGAAGUGGCUCUCCGGCACAUUUAUUUCAGAGACCUGGGAGAAAAAGUGCAGGACCUGGCUGACACUACCUCCAUCUUUUCUGUCAAGGAGAUUCGACUUCAGAAGGACCCAGGAAAACACUUUCCAGCUCAAAGAGAGUUGGCGAUGGUCCAUCGAAUGGGAUCUGCUCCUCCUGAACAUUUUCUCCCUGAAGGAGUAAAUCGUGUUCUACAUCCGGCCCCCCUCUCUUCGUAAAUUUGCUCAUAGAGCAACCACUUUCCUUGCAUUACUUUGUACUUUAUGUUUCUGCAAGUAUCUUUUUAUUGUCUUUUUAUUUUAUUUUUUAUUUAUUUGCACUUUUUUUUUUCUCUGUAUGUAAAUAUCUGUAUGAAAUACAAUGAAGUAGGGAAAAAUAUGCAUAUUGAUAGGCAUCAAGCACCAAAGAUGUGUAAUGCCCCCAAAGUGUUUGUUAAUUAUCUUUUCUUCUGUCAUGGAAAUCUUAGGCAGCCCAAACAAGCAUAGGGUAAAAAGUUACCAGUAAUGGCAUGGUCUCAUCAAAUUUAGUAAUUGUCACUCCGUCUCUCCCACUUUACAGUGGGGCCAAGCCAAAUUCAGUGUACUUUCAUUGUCAGUCAUAUUGGAAUGUUCACUAUCUUGGAUUUUAGCUAAAUGUUUAACCAGAUUUUAGCUGCUUUUUCUUCUCCAAAAAAACAUUUUUGAGUCCCACAUCUUGCCACUGUAUUUGAAAUGCAUUAUAACAAUAAAAUGGCCUUGCCCGUUCAAACCAAACAGGUUUUUAUAAUUCAGCAAUCACUUGGCAGUAUUUGAUGGUGAAGAUGCCAAACAGGUAGAGAAGCUGCAUCUUCUCAAUACUUUUGAGUACUGAUGUAUAAGCUGGUAUGCAUCUUUGGAAACAUGGAUACCUUAGCAGUUUCAUGAAGGUGCCACCUAGUGCUCUUUCACUGCUCCUUCUACUGGCGAAACAUCGCAAGGGUGUUUCUUAAACAGAAGUCUGCGUCCUAGUUAGGCUGCAUAUCUGGGCUGCCACAUCAAGCACCUCCAAAGGCCAUCUCAAUUUGAAGAUCCUUUGUAUUGUGUCCUUCAUUUAGCAUGUUUUGAAGGCAUUGAACUGGUCCACUUUCAUUAUGUAAUGCAAGACAAAAAAAAAAUAUUGAAGAUGAAGGUAUUAUGUUUUGUUAUAAAUUAACUACCCAUGAUGUAAACCAAUGGGAGACAGCAGAUAGUUGAAAUUCACUUGAUUGCAUUCAUAGAAAGUCAGUUAAUAUAAUGAUGUGUAAUGUUCUUUAUUUUAUUUUACAGACAGAUGAAACUUUCAAGUGAGUGAAAAGCAUGGCAUUCUCAAAAGUUAGGAAAGGUUGACAGGUCCUUAAAAAGUCCAAAAUUUAGUUGUUUCAAGGCCAUAAAAGUUAUUAAUUAUGAUUUCAGGAGGUCUUAGAUUUGGGGACGGUAAGACAAGAAUUGAGAUAUGGCUUAAUGUGACAGUUAAAUUUCAGGAGGUUAUGAUACGUUACCGGGAAACCGCUAUAUUUCUGCCAUUCCAAAAGCACCACCUGCUGGCACAGAAUGAAAUAGUAUUUUCAAUAAGCCAGUCUGCUGUUUUUGUUCAGACCAAUGUGAAAGUUAGCCCAUGUUUUUAUGCAGCAAACACGCAGAGUUGUAAAUGUAAACUAGUGGAUCAACCAGAAGAUAAUGCAUUAUAAAAAUGUUAACAAUUAAGACAGUAACAUAUAUUUGUUAUUUAAUUAAUAUAAUAAAUGAUUGGUAAUAAUUGUUUAAAUUAAUAUAAUAAUUGAUACUUUUGCCUCCAUUUUCCUAAAAAAAAAAAAAAUGGUUUAAAUACUGAAAUGUAAAGUUAAUCAUUUUAUUAAACUUUUUGUUUUUGUGAAAAACUAUCUGAACUCUAAAUCAUGCUUUUUACAGUCAUUUUAAUUUGAUUUGUGUAGGCCUCAAAAAGUCUUAAAUAUAAGCUUAAAUAACCUGCAGAUACCCUGGUCUGGCCAAAACCAUCAAAUAAUGUUUUUAGGUAGGCCUAUAUAAUUGUCCGGACCUCGGCUGGCGAGGAGGGUUCAUUACUGGACAUCAAGCAAUUUUAGUUGAAGACCCCUGUACUAGACCAUCUCAUUUUAGCAUUGAGUGCUGAGAAGGACUCAGGCUAGAAAGCUCACUAGGAUGCAGCCUUCUGAUUAAGAAGCACCCCGCAUUUGGGUCUUCACACCAUGACUUCUAACAAUUUCCAACAAUACCAAUACUUUUAGAGCCUGUGGGUCAAAUCCAAAAUAAGCCAGUAGUUGGUUGCCAUUAUUACCAUUUUGUUUAAUGUCAUGCAAUAAUACUUAUGUCAAGUGCUUUUUUUAUUGACUUUAUCACUCUCUUCAGCUCAGGGGAAGACUUAUCAACAAAGUGUUUAGCGUUUAGCAUCAAAAUAGCGUUUCAUUUGAACUCAGAUUGGGGUUUAUGUGAUGAUGUAACAUUAGUGCACAACUACUGCUGAGAUGAAUAUAGAAAUGCAGAUCACAGGAACUUGACAUUUGACUUGACACUUAACAAAGAGCAUGCAUUCGACACUGAAGAGAAAAACUCAAAUAAAAGAUUCCUUUUCUGUAGAAACUAAGCAUACAGGCAUAUCUGAAGUAUGGUGUUCAUUUAUACAUGUAAAUAUGCUUAGGAUUGGUUUCACUAAUACACAAUCAUGGGUGCACAUAUGCAUACUGUGGUAAAAAGAAUUGUAAUUAAUUUUUAAACUAAAUCGUAAUGUGUCAACCUAAGGCUGUGGAAGACAAAUCAGUGUGUUAGUAGCAGUUAAAGCUAAGAUCUAGUAACCAAAAGUUGGCCGGUUUAGUGCCAGCAUAGAGUGAUCCAUGAGCCAUCAUCACUGAGUAUGUUUACAUGCACUUAUUUGAGUGAAUCCAGUCUCAUUGCAGCUUUCAAAAGUAAUAUUUUAUAUUUGAAUAUAAAUAGGUUUUGCUAUUCUGGUUAGAUGCUUCUGUAUUUCAUUGGC